UUCACGUGACCGAUUUUCGGAAACGUGACUUUUUUUUUUCUUCUUGCCAUAAAGAAAGUGCCUGACAGCCGUGAAAGAGUCCGUGUGUGUGCUUCCCAGGAAUUACACCCAGCCCUCCUCCUCUCUCCCUUUCUUCUUCUUCCUCCUCCUCCUCCUCCUCUUCUUCUUGCUCCUCUUCAUCGACCGAGCUGUACAGCUGGCAAAUUGCGGACGCCACUAAGAAAAAGACGACGAAGCCUCCUACACCCGCUCGACAUCUUGAUUUGUUUUCCUUAGGGCGUACCAGCAAUUAGACGGAGUCAAGUGUGAAGGAUUUAAGUAUCACGCGAGGUUUCUCUUCCCACUUUUUUUCCGCCACUCAUUUUUUUUUUCCCGCCGCGAAAACAAAAGCGGGGACCCGUUUCACGCACGUCACUCUCCAUCAACAAGGCAUGAUGAUGUCUGGCAGGGGGCACUUGUCCCUCCUCUUCUUCCUGGCCGUGUGCUCGCCCCGCUACCUCGCCCAGACGCCGCCCGCCACCCUUCGCCCUUCUCCGUCCCCGUCGCCCUCGCAGCCCCAGACGGAGAGGCUAAAGGUCCGACUGGCGGGAUUCCCGCGCAAGCACAACGAGGGCCGCGUGGAGCUCUUCUACAAGGGCGAGUGGGGCACCAUCUGCGACGACGACUUCUCCAUCUCCAAUGCCAACGUGCUGUGUCGACAGCUGGGAUUUGUCGAGGCCACCGGAUGGACGCACAGUGCCAAAUACGGGAAGGGGCAAGGCAAAAUCUGGCUGGACAACGUGCAGUGCGGCGGCGGCGAGCGGAGCAUCGCCGCGUGCAAAUCUCGCGGCUGGGGCAACAGCGACUGCACUCACGACGAGGACGCCGGCGUGGUGUGCAAAGACGAGAGGAUUCCGGGAUUCGUCGACACCAACGUCAUCGAGGCUCACGUGGAAGAGAACAAGUUGGAGGAGGUGCGCCUGCGCGCGGUGGUGGCGGCGGCUAAGAAGCGUCUGCCCGUCACGGAGGGCGUCCUGGAGGUCAAGUACAAGGACGGCUGGGCGCAGGUGUGCGACGCCGGCUGGACGGCCAAGAACACGCGCGUGGUCUGCGGCAUGCUGGGAUUCCCUCAAGAGAAAAAGUUCAACAAGAACUUCUACAGACGUUUGAGAAAGCGCGCCGCCGAGAGGUUCUCCAAGUCAAAGGUUAAAGCCUCGGCAGGGGCCAGGCAGACAGCUAAAGCUAACGCUAACGCUAAGUCUAAACAGAGCAGCGCCAACUCAAGGUUGUUUUUGGAGCGUCAGAAGAAUGUGUACCGCGUGCACUCGGUGGCGUGCGCGGGCACGGAGGUGCACCUGGCCGCGUGCCCCAUGGAGUUCAACGGGCCCAACGGCACGGCCUCGUGCCGCGGCGGCUCCCCCGUCGUCGUCAGCUGCAUGCCGGGGCCGCUCUUCGUGCGGCAGCACGGCGGAUUCAAGAAGAAAGCCAAAACUUCGAGCACGGUGAGGCUGAAGGGCGGGGCCCGGCUGGGCGAGGGCCGCGUGGAGGUGCUGAAGAGCGGCGAGUGGGGCAGCGUAUGCGACGACCGCUGGAACCUGCAGUCGGCCAGCGUGGUGUGCAGGGAGCUCGGCUUCGGCAGCGCCAAGGAGGCCAUGACGGGGGCGCGCAUGGGCCAAGGAGUGGGACCCAUCUACAUGAAUGAGGUGAAGUGCUCGGGUUACGAGCGUUCCAUCUGGAAGUGCCCGUUCAAGAACAUCACGUCGGAGGACUGCCAGCACACGGAGGACGCUGCCGUGCGCUGCAACGUUCCCUACAUGGGCCUGGAAAAUUCGAUCCGCCUCGGAGGGGGCCGCACCCGGUACGAGGGCCGCGUGGAGGUCCUGGGCGUGGACGCCAACGGCACGGAAGGCUGGGGUCUGAUCUGUGGCGAGACCUGGACCACCAAGGAGGCCAUAGUGGCUUGCAGGCAGCUAGGCCUGGGCUACGCUAACCAGGCUAACCAAGAAACAUGGUACUGGGACAGCAGCAACGUGACCGAGAUGAUUUUGAGUGGCGUCAAGUGCACCGGAAAUGAGAUGUCGCUGACGCAGUGCCAGCGACACAAGACGCUCAGUUGCCAGAAAGCCGCCGCCAAGUUCGCCGCUGGCGUCAUCUGCUCAGAGACGGCAUCUGACCUGGUUCUGAACGCCACAUUGGUGCAACAGUCGGUCUACAUCGAGGACCGGCCCCUGCACAUGCUCUACUGCGCGGCGGAGGAGGACUGCCUGUCCAAGACGGCCGCCAAGGCCAACUGGCCUUACGGUCACCGCCGCCUCCUGCGCUUCUCCUCGCAGAUCCACAACAUCGGCCGGGCCGACUUCAAGCCCAAAGCUGGACGCCACUCGUGGGUGUGGCACGCCUGUCACGGACAUUACCACAGUAUGGACAUUUUCACCCACUACGAUCUUCUGAACGCCAACGGAACCAAAGUGGCCGAGGGGCACAAAGCCAGUUUCUGUCUGGAGGACUCCGACUGCGAGGAAGGCAUUUCCAAGCGUUACGAGUGCGCCAACUUUGGCGACCAGGGCAUCACGGUGGGCUGCUGGGACAUGUACCGCCACGACAUUGACUGCCAGUGGAUCGACAUCACCGACGUGAAACCCGGAAAUUACAUCAUGCAGGUGGUGAUCAACCCUAACUUGGAAGUGGCCGAGAGCGACUUCACCAACAAUGCCAUGAAGUGCAACUGCAAGUAUGACGGCCAUCGGAUCUGGUUCCACAAUUGCCACGUCGGCGAUGCCUUCAGCGAGGAGGCGGAGAGAAGGUUCGACAAGUACCCAGGACAGUUGAACAACCAGAUUUCUUAAUCCAAACCACCGACGGCUGGCGCGGCGGACAUUUUGUGGAGCGGACGUCUUUUUUUUUUUUUCGACUGGAUGUCAUGAGGCUUUGGUGAGGAAGUUUCCAUUUUGAAAAUCCGUCUUUGGGGCUGUUUUUACACUUAUGUUUUUAUCUUUCUUGUGAAUGUAUUUAUUACGUGUUAAAAGUUGCUCUAAAGAUACCCAAAAUUAUCUUGUGAGGUGCUGUGCUGUUUUAUUUUAUUUUUUUAGGAUUUUAUGACAAAGGAUUGGACAAAAAAAAAAAAAAAUCAAUAAAUGGCAUGAUGAUGCUGUAUGUACACCGAUGCAAUCACACCUGCUGCACUCAUUUAAAGGAGACGAUCAAUCAAUUGGUCAUAAAA